AUUCAAGCGAGAUAUAGCGAGCAAGAGCAUCACUGACCAAGGGGGAGCAAUAGAAUACAGUAGAGGACAACUCACCACUAAAAUAACCCUUUCGGGAUUGUCGUUAAUACCGAGCCUUAGUGCCCCUGCUUUAGCACGGUAAAAGGGAUAGCUUCGCAAGACCGUGCGUGGAAAUCCUAAAGACGACAGAAACAAUAUCAGUUCGGAGCAAAUGCAUUUCAGUAAAGCAUUGAGAAAUUUGUCGAAUGCGGCGAAUGCGAAUAAACCAAUCAUUCGCAAGGGUGUUCACCCAAAAUUUGCCCACUUAGCUGAGAAUGCAAAAACGAUCAAAAGACUAAGAACAGAGGAUUUCACCAUCGACUGCACAAGGUAUCAAAAAACUCUGGACCAGAACAGCGAAUUGAAGGAGCGAGUGAGUGACGUGUUCAAACGGAUAGGCCUCGUGGUCCUGGACAACACUGGAACCAGGGAUCCAAAACUACUCAAAGCACCCUUCAAACACAUUCUGAAGUCACGAGCUAAUUACGAGGGAGGCAGCAAUUACAGAAGGCCUAUAGGGGUUGAGGAUGUGUACGAUACAGGCGUUACAAAUGAGCAAACGAUUCACUACCACCACGAGAUGGGCUACAGCAACCGACCUCCUCUCUCCAUCUGCUUCAUGUGUCUCCAACUGACCCCGGGGGUAGACGGCUUCACCUACUUCUGCGACAACACCGCAUUCACCAGAGACAUAGAGGCCAGCGACAUUGGACAGAAGUUGAUCCACAAAGGCACAGUUAUCAUCAGAAGAUGGGCGGAUGAGAAGUACGUGAAGAAGCAUGGCGUGACCAACUACUUGACCACGUGGCAACUAUCCUUCAUGACAGAUGACCCCAAAGUGGCCGAAGAAAGAGCAAGGGAGCAGAGUCAACAAGAUAUCGAGUGGUGUGAGGAGACAGGGACUCUGAGCGGGAGGGUGUACCCUGACAUAUACGAGUACUGUCCCCACUCAGACAGGAACCUGUUCUGGUUCAGUAUGGCAGACCACGCCAUCUGGUUCGACACACACCCCCAAGUCAACACAACGCCAGAUAACGAACGCCCCCACAUAUUGAAGUUUGGAGACGGGAGUGAUCUUUCAAAUGAAGAGGUCAGCCAGAUCCUGGAUAUAUCUGCAAACCAGGGCUUCAAACACAGCUGGAAACCAGGACAGUCUGUUCUGUCGUGCAACUACCGCUUCAUGCACGGGCGACCGGGGAUGAGUCUGAACCCCGGAGAAGUGAGGCAGUUGGGGGUGGUGCUGGGAGAGAGGUUCGAGCGAGUGGGACCUGUUCCUGGAAAAUACUUCUGAAGUUACAGCCAAACUGAUAUGCUACAGGCUUGUUAUAAAGUUGCGGACAAAAACGAAGACUUAACGUCAUAUCGAUUAUGGAUGACCCUUGAACUCAGAAAAAUGAAUUGAAAGAGAUAUUCAAAAUAAACAAAAGUUGAUAGCGAUUGUUUCUUGUUGAAACAAGAUCAGAUUUGAAAUUUUUCUUGUGAUAAUGGCACCUUUUUUAAAUAACACAGGACACUCCGGUCAAAAUAUUGCAGUUGCCUUUG